AUGUGUAUGCAAUUGGUAAUUGUAUAUGGGCGCCCCCUGGCUUUAAUCAAUGAUCCACCGUUUCAAGCCAUUUUGCACUUAGCAGCAUCUUCCAGUCCUAGAUCAAAAGAAAUCAAUAUAAAAUCGAUUAAAACAAUGAUUCCUACAGUUGCUUAUGAUAUUAAAUUAAAAAUUGCUGCUGAAGUUCGAAAUAAACUUAUAUGCAUCAAAGUGGACUCGGCAACUUGUCAAGAUCGCCGAUUUUUAGGCAUUAACAUUCAAUAUAUACAAAACCAUCAAAUUUUCGUGAGAAAUCUUUCAGUUUCAGAAAUUAAUGAAAGACAGACUGGUGAUUUUUUAAAAGAAAAAGUGUUAGAAGUUUUAAAUGAUUUCUUAAUUUCCAAAGAACAAAUUUAUGUGUGUGACACAGAUAAUGGAUCCAACAUGAAAAAGAUGACUAAAUUGAUAGAAGGAAAUUAUUGUUCUGAGGAUUUAAUUACAUCAAUGGAUACUACUGACGAUACUUUACAGUCAAAUAUUAUUAUUGAAAAUGAGUCUGACGAUGAGGAAAGUUUUGAUAAUGAGAAUGAGAUAUAUGAGCAAUCAGCAGAUAACGAUGACUUGGGACACGUGCUGUUUGAUGAAUUACGAAGAAUUCUUAGGCUGUCUCUAGACACAGAUAUUAUUUCAUACUGGAGCAACAAAUCUACCACUCAUUUAGAUAUUACUCUUGUCGCUCUUACAGUUUUAGCAUCUCCAGCUACACAGGUAUCAGGUGAAAGAUUAUUUUCAUCACUUAAGUUCAUUCUAAGCCCUUUGAGAAGUAACUUAAGUUCUAUCUUAGUGCAAAAUAUUUUGUUUAUUAGAUGGUACAAAGAUUUAAUAUAAUAUUCUUUGGUUCUUUUGAAAUCUAAAUAUAGAUUAGCUGUAUUAUAUUAUAUAUGUAUCAGUUUUAUGAUUGUUUCGAUGUGUGUACAACCGACAAUACUAUCUAUUUUAGGUCUGAAUUUGACUAAAUCGGCGUACGGCAUUAUGAUUGUCUUGAAGAGAUUGUUAUGACU